CUUUAUUUUACGGGCUCUACAAGAUGCACGGUUUGAAUUACCAAAAAAAUGUGCGAAGGGGGCCCAAGGGGGGUGGCGGAAAACCACCAUUUUCCAGCAAAAUUUACACUCUAAAGCAAGAGUUUAAAUUCUUUCAAAGACUGAAUCUUGAAGAGCUUGUUGCCACAUCUACAAGACAUCUUAAUUUAUGCUGAUAUCUUUCAGUUUUUUUCACGGAUCCGGAAUGUUAAUGAAAAAAAAACUAAUUAACUCAUGUUUUUUUUUAUUGGGGUCAGUUGCUUUUAAGUUACCAGACAGUGUAAAUGUAAUUUAAAUAUUACUUUUCCUAUUACCAACUAUUUAUUAUUGGAGGCUCUUUGUCGUUUCAGGUUGAUGAGUUGGAUAUGGAGUCGAAAUGGAAUGAGGAUAACUCGAAGCAAAAGACAGAAGUGAGCUAUUUGGGUCAGCUCAGUCACCCAAAUCUGGUAAAGCUCAUUGGUUACUGCUGUGAUGAUGAACACUGGCUGUUAGUCUAUGAAUAUAUGGCAUCUGGGAGCCUGGAAAAGCACCUUUUUCAAAGAGAUUGUUUUACUCUCACAUGGCCAAGAAGAAUGAAGAUUGCUUUAGACACUGCAAGAGCGCUCGCUUUCCUUCAUCUUGCAGAAAGGCCUAUCAUUUAUCGGGACUUCAAGACAUCAAGCAUCUUGCUAGAUGCGGAUUUUAAUGCAAAGCUUUCUAAGUUUGGGCUGGCUAUGGAUGGGCCUAUGGGAGACCAGACCCACACAUCAACAGCAGUCGAGGGCACUUAUGGGUAUUUAGCCCCAGAGUAUAUUGCGACUGGGCAUUUAACAGCUCGAAGUGAUGUUUAUGGUUUUGGGGUAGUGUUUCUUGAGAUGCUGAUUGGAAGGAGAGCAGUGGACAGGAGCAGGCCUAGUCGAGAACAAAAGUUGGUCAAGUGGGCCCGCCCGCUCUUGAUGCAUAAAAAGAAGCUUCUGAGGAUUUUGGACCCUAGAGUGGAAGGACAGUACUCUACCAGAACUGCCCUAAAGGUGGCCCACUUAGCGUACCAAUGCCUUAGCCAAGACCCUAGAGGGAGGCCUGUUAUGAGUCAGGUGGUCGAAAUAUUGGAGACCCUUCAGACACAAGAGGAAAGCCAAGAAAGAUGAACUGUUUUGAAGUGGAGGGGGUGGCAGUAUAACACUAUAUAUGAAGCUCCAAAAGCUAAAUCUGAGAGACGCCCGGUCAGAACUGAAAGUGAACGGGAAGCGGCUGGGGUGCCUGCAAUGAGCAUUCUGGCAAAUGGAAGGAGCAAGAGUGAGCCUCCGAAAGAGUGGGAUCUUGGAGAAGAUGAGGAAGCUGUUUGUACGUGAGUUUGAACAAAAAAUAUGAUGGCAGUUGGAUUGCUGGAGCUAUUCACCUGUGUAUUAUUCUCUUUUUCUUUCUAGUUUCUUUUUUUUUUUCCUAUGUGAAAUUUUUGGGACCCCCUAAACUAUUUUCCCUUUUUAUUGGAAGAAGUAUAGAUGUUCAAGCAA